AAUAAGAAGAAGCGCGGCAGAGAAAAUAAGAUACGUAAACAAGCCCCCGGUAGGCAGUGCGUGUUCGUAAUCAUUGCAGCGUUUCCUGAUAAAAUAAAGUUAACUUGGAGGAAGAACACUGUCAACAUGACCGAAGUGAUGACCGCACCAACGCCAUUUAUUGCUAACUCCUCUAGUAAGUCAAGCUGUGAUGCAGGUUCUACCAGUUCCACGGACUGCAGCGGUCGCCUCGUGUUCCCCGAUCUUCUUGCCGGGACGCCCGCCAUUGCGAUGCUUCUCCAUAGCAAAUGUUCCUUCGUCAGAGGUUCACAAGAACGGCGCAAGAACGGCACUGAACGGACUAAGGAAGAGGGAGCCAAAGAGAAUUUUGACUGCAUUUGUGCAUUGCAGUUGCCACAGAACGGGUUAAGUAUAUCUAGCACCGUUUUAAGGCUCCUGGAACACCACGAGGCACGUGUCUGUUUAUAUGCAGAAAAAAGGUUCCCGUGUGCAAACUCGCUCACAGGCGUGUAUUCUAUUUACCGCGGCGCCCCCUUCGGUUCUGACCAUAGGCAUGCUUCUCCGCGCCCCAUUUAUGUGGAACGCACUGCAAACCUCGGUCGCCUCGAAGGGUGGGUUGUGGUCACGCUUCCCCGGCUUUACGCAAGUUCAUCAUUCGGAGCUGCCAUGGAGCAUUGGUGCGGUGAACCUAAGCUCGUAGAAACAUCGCGGCCUUGCCUUGCAUCGUCACAUCGUCACCACUGCGCUGUCAACAAAGGAGCCGCGACCCCAAGCGCUCUGCCUCGGUUCCUUGUUCGGCAGUCAGACAGCAUGCUCAUGCUUGUGUUCCACACCGUAGCCACUAAUCCCUCUACUGUGUCCGGGUCGUUUUGUGCGUGUAAAUCGGCGUUUCAAGUUGUAUUCUCCGACUACCACUCGCCUGAAGAAGUGCAUAGCGCGGCUAUGGCAACUCCCUAUGCAAGGGACUCCCUCGUUGACGCGUACAAAGUAGUCAACCUCCAGAAGACAUUAUUCCUUUUCCUCUACAAAGCUGAGUCUGCAUUUGGUACCUGGAAGACAUUUUAUGUGGGCACUGACUUCGGUCAUCUUCAAGCACUGGAGUUGGAACCGUCGGAGUCUGUGCGAAUGGCUUUGACGAAAAGGCUGUCUAGGCAGGCUCAAUUCUCAAAGUGCAAGUCCGUUGAAUUGACAGAGAAAAACAAGGUGGAAGACAAGAGCAACUUGGUGUCAAAGGCACUGCCUGUCUCCCGCCAGCAACGAUCCCUCUCUGAGUCUUCUGCAUAUCAGAUACCUCAGGGUUCUCGUCGAGGCAUUCUCAAAAAUGGCACCGACUGGAGACGUACCACCUCUGAGUCAAGCGAUGAAUUUCUCUCAUCCUUGUCCCUCGAUUCAGACACUUCACUUCCAGCCAGCUCCCUUGAAAGUGUCCAGCCCAAAAAGACAGUUAGCUUCAAUGACCACAUCAGCCAUAUUGUGUACAGGGCUAAUUCAAGUGUUUUAGCACGUCGCCGCAGAAACCAGAAAAAGGCAGCGAACAAAAAGAAAGCUGCUGCUCGACGUGCACUGAAUCGUUGCGACUCAACUGACACAUCGGGUGUAAGCAGUGGCAGCGAAGCCAGUCUCGAAGAUGUCUCACAGAGUUGCCAAUCACACCCCUCUAAGUAAACCACAAAAUAGGGGCUGUAAAGUCUGUAAAGUUUGUAAGAAUUGUUCUCACAUUGAGUGUGGGCUAACAGUCAUUCAAAAUAGUGUUACGCACACUGUUGUUAUGACAUUUAGUUCUUGAGCAUUAUGCCAGAGAUUUGAUUCAACACCCCAGUGUUUACAAAUCCUAGCUAGUUGAGACUCAUGUUGGUGAAACGCUAGGGCAAUAACCCAGUGUUUCAGUGGCUUUUUGUUUGCCCUUACAGCAUGACACAACUUACUUGCCUGAGGGCUAAUAAAAUUUCAUUUUCUUGAUAGGUUUGCAGUAGAACUGCAUGUACCUUUAUAUAUUUUUCUUGAAUUGCCAGCCUAGGCAGUAAUUUACAUUUGUGGGAAGUAUUCCUUUUUUGCUUGCUCAAGUGUAUUUGCUGGCAUCACAGAGGCAUUUAUAUAAGGAACCAGCAGAUUUUUCUUUUCUUAUUUUAGGGAUUUUGAAGGGGGUUCAUUAGUAGUUUAUAUAAUUUUGUUUAUGCUUUCCUGUGCCUUUUGCAGGAAAAAAGAAAGACAUCGCAAAAUAUUUUUAGUAUUUGUAUAAUUUCUUUACACAGACACAAUUCUUGCAUUAAGAAGUGUAUUUUCCUCUGGUGCUUUAGGGCAUUGCCACCUGUUUCCUUCAUGUUCUACAUGUCAUUUGGGUCUAUUUACACAUUGCAUCUAUACAUUUGAGCAUUUUUCAGCAUAGUUCAUCUGUGCUUGGCACAUUCUGUUGCUCAUUUUUGAUGCUAUAUAAUUUUGCUUUUGCCUGUCCCUGUGAUUUUUCUCUAGCACACACUUUUUGGUGCAUCAGUCCUGUUUUGCAAGUGGUAUUAAAUGAAUAUUUCCUUUCCUUUUUGAGAAAGUUACAAAGUAGUUCUUUUCCUCUAUGGUCAUUUCAAAGCUUGAGGCACUAGGUAGGUGUUGAAUUGUUGUCCAUGUCAGUUCCCUGUGAUACAUUAUAUAUAGUACAAACAUGGUGAGCUCUUUCUGCCUGAUGGUGUCUUCCCACUCUAUUGCAGCACAAAUGAAAUUUCACUGCCCAGUUGUUACAAACCUUACACAAAGUUGGAUACAUCAGUGUCUGCUUAUAAAGCCAGCCAUUGAAAGAAUAUUUUGUCAAAGCUGUUGCCAUGAUCGUUUGUCGAGUGUGCAUAAGUAUGCAUGCGCUGACUUCAAUAGUCAACUGUAUAAUAUAAAUCUCUGCAUCACUGCUUAAGCUGUGUUGAAAGGAUUGGAAAUGCUUUAUUGCGGUGCAGUUGUGGCUUUGAGAAAUAUAUGUUUGCCUUUA